CAUGAUGACUCAGCUAUUCUGUUUCUUCUUUUCUGACUCAGUUUUGGUGUUAUUGUUUUGCUUGUUGUUUAUAUAUCCCUCGGUACUUUUCUAAUAGAAUACACUAUCCUUACUCACUUCUUAAGACAUAUACGUCCGACCCGUACCAUAGCUAGAAUGUAACCAUGUACACAAGCCAACUAUGGUUCAGUUGGUAACAAACAGAGUCAUUAAUUCUACCAACAAUUGCUUAUAACAGCAACUGUUCUUUUUUUAGGGAACGAAUCAAUUUUAUUUCUUUCAAUUGCGACUCUUGAUAAUGAGUGCAUUGGUGCCAGAACAAAGGAAACCGAAUUUUGAAGUAUUUUUGACAAUUCAUGAUUUGUUUAACGUUCCUUUAUUAACAGGAAUGAUUUCCGUAAAAUGGAAGUUCAACAAUUCCCUAACAAGCCGAAGCAUAACGGGGAGCACAGAAUAUCAACCUGUUCUGGACAACAAAGUGACAUGGAACUAUAAAACGAAGUUUAUUGCAAAAAUGCUCAUCACUAAACAAAAUAUUUUAAAAGAUUCGUUCGUUUAUUUUACCGUUCGGCUCCAUGCACAUUCUUCAAAAAUAAGUACCAAAAUGGGAACCCUUCGCAUUAAUCUCACAGAGUAUAUUCGAAUUUCUCAAGACACAAGAAGAUACCUUCUCGCAGAAAGUAAAGUAAAUGCGACGCUUCGUUUAAGUGUUCAAAUUCAACAACUUAGCGGCAACGCCGAUUUUGAAGUUACUAAAACACUAAACAAGCCGCUUGUCUUUAGCGGUAUUACUGGUUUAUUGACAGAGGGAAAGGAAUUUAGAAAAAGGGAAGAAGAUGUUGGUGUCUCUUCGAACAUAGCUGCUAGCGAAAUGGAACGGAUGCUUUCUUCUAUAAAAACGUUUACUGAGCAAACGAAAAACUAUUACAUGCAUUCAAGCAGUAAUGAUUUUAAUUCAGACCAGAUUGUCGAUGACAUUUACGCCGGAGGAAAUGGAUGGUCUCAAAAACCUAAUAUAUCUGAGAUCGAAGACCAACCUGAGGAUCCUUUCCUAGAUCACAUCAAUCGGCUACGAAAAAGUUGGGUACUUCCGGGCGAUCAAGCUAAAGAAAAAUUACGUAAAAGUUAAUUCAAUAUCUACCGACUGUAACGGUUUUAGGCAUAGUAAUUUUGAUGUAUGAUGAGAAUGACUAGGUAUCUAAUACUCCACUAGCCUGAUCUAAUCGCAAAAGUCUGGAUGUGCGUUCAGACGUCUCAUCAAUAAAUGGACUGGACUCAAAUCUAGUCCAAGGAAAUCCGCAACACGAAUGAUUCUAUACACAACGUACCAAACAUCAGGGUCUGAAGUCAAACCCAGCGGGCCGUCGACACCGAAGGAGGAAAAUUUGGUAAGUAGAGUAUUCAGUCCUUCUGAACACCAGCGGUGUAGUUCCCCAUCGUUUUUUGACGCAAAAGAAAGAGAAUCCUCCAAUCGUUGAUAACCCGAGUAAAACAAAUUCUGUCUCUCGCGUCUAAAAAGAGUAGCAUCGUCCGCCAAAACGUAGUCGAGCUGUUCCUCUGCGGAGUACAGACCAUCGUGUUGAAUGAUGCGUGUAUUUACCAAGCUCUUGAAAGUUGCAUACUCACGAUUUUUGGCAGUAACCUCCUUCCAACGUUCAUUCGCAACAUGUAAACAGAUGUUGUCAAGGUGGAGCAUCUGUUGGACGUGAAGAGAUGCCGUGCUUCGUAUACGCUCUGAGUCAUCAUUCAAGAAGUCAUGAAGUAAGAGGUAGUAAGGACUUAAAACAUUUUGUGCUUCUGCAGAUUCAGUUUGGGAACUAAUAUCAAACUUCAUCAAAGAGUUUAGAGCAGCUAAACGAGACGAGUAACUUUUAUACUCAUCCGCGUGUUCAAAGAGCAAUUUGAACCAUGAUGACACGACAGAAACGGCAUUAUCAGCUUUGUCGAGCCACUGUAGGUAAACAAGAGAACCUAAAAGUACCAAUAAGCUCUCACAAACCUCGACACAUUUGUUACUUUUAAUUUCAGCGAUUACUUCUUCGCAUGAAACUUGCAUAAUAGAGCGAAGAGACCCGCUGUCCAGAUGUGAGAUUAACUUAAUUGCUGGAGCACGUAAAAUACUCCAUACACCAGGUUUUGCUAAUGUGACGAUUGAAUCGGUAAUAGCAUUUUCCAAUAUAAAUGCUGGUUGUUUUAUAGUUGAAGAAAUGAAACCCAAGGUAGCUAAACGUACUUCAUAGAAGUCAGAUUGCAAAAGCAAAGCAAUAAUCUGUGUGAUUUCUUCGCUUUGAAGCUGAGAAGAUCUCCGUUUUAUAUCGUUCAGUAAAACUUCUGCCGCACAUUCUUCAUAUAACGAAAGACCGAUAUUUGCACGGCAUGGAUUGUGAGCAGCUUUGCGCUGACUCAAGGCAUCACGACAAUAUGAUAAUACUCUGUAGCGAAGUUGUUCUAAUUCAUUUGUACUUACAUUUGCCGAAAGAAAAUGUUCAUCCACCAUCUCGAGGAAAACGCGUUUAGAAAAGUAACUAACGUUUGGAGACAUAAUCUCUGGAAAAAGAUUCAACAAACGCUCAACAACUGUGGAAUAAAAUUUCGAAACGAAUUGAGGAUUUGUCAAUAUCUGUCCAUUGCAAUCAAGAAGCGCUUUGACAGCUAAAAUGGUACCAUGAGUACUAUUCUGAGAGUUGAAAUUUAGAUUUUUAAGAAGCUCAAGCACAUGUGCGUCUAGUAGCUGUGGAUUAACAAAGCAAGUAAGUGCAAUAGCACCAAUCUCACGAACUUUUCCAAUGCGACUCGCGCUACAUUGUAUAAGUAAAGGUUUAAAGUCUUUAUCGCCAUCCCACGCUGCCUCAUUUUCAUAUCGUUGAGCGUAUUGUAGCCGAGAAAACAGGUUCAGUAUAGGGUAAAGUCCAGUAGAUGCAGUUCCCUUUUCGUUAAGCUCGAGAACACUUUGCUGCAACGCUUUCAAGAGAUAAAUAUACAAUGAAGGGAACUUUUGAAAGAACAUUUUCGUGCUUAGACCCUUGGUAUUACCGGAAUUGAUCACAUUUUUUGGUUUUUUGUUUCCGAAAGCACGGUUGAUUAGUGCAGUAAAAAGCAUAACGCAACAGUUUCGAAUGGGCCAAAGACUCGACGAAAAUUUCUCAAUAGCCAAAGUGAAUGCUGGCUCUAUGUAAGUUAUAGACAUUGCAGAGAGCUUAUGUUCUGUAAAAAUGGCUUUCAAUGUAUUCAUGCCAUGUACUUGAGGAAGUUCUAGAUGCCCAUUGUUGAUGUCUUCGGGACUUGCCUCACUAUUUGCCA